CGCGGUUUGAGCCUUCUCUCUUUCCGUAGGCUACGGACCGUAGCACAAAGUCUGCACAUUAUGUUGUUAUUGUUUGUAGUUUAACAUCAGCGCGUCUCAUUACCGGAGUUUAAAUGAUGAGCCCUUUGCCCUUAGAGGACCGGUGUUAUGUGGGUGUGGAUGUGGGCAGCAGUAGUGUUCGAGCUGCAUUGGUUUCUCAUGAUGGACACGUUACAGCCACAGCGGAGGAGCCCAUACACAUCUGGCAGCCUCAUACAGAUCAUUACGAACAAUCCUCAGACGACAUCUGGAGGAAAUGCUGCAGCACCGUGAAGAAAGUGACCGAAGGCAUUGUGAAGUCACUCGUGAGAGGGAUAGGGUUUGAUGCCACAUGCUCAUUGGUGGUUCUGGACCAGAACUUUCAGCCUGUAGCUGUUAAUGAAGAUGGUGUCACGGAGAGGAACGUUAUCAUGUGGAUGGACCACAGAGCCAUGGAACAAGCAUCUCGCAUCACAGCCACGGCUCACCGAGUCCUGAGCACUGUGGGAGGUGUGAUGUCUCCUGAAAUGCAGCCUCCAAAGUUACUGUGGCUGAAAGAGAAUCUGAGGCAAAGCUGCUGGAAGGAAGCUGCACACUUCUUCGACCUGCCAGACUUUUUAUCCUGGAAGGCAACAGGUUCGUUAGCAAGAUCACUCUGCACACUGGUGUGUAAGUGGACUUAUUCACCACUAGACGGCUGGGACGACAGUUUUUUGGCCACCAUCGGUCUCGGGGACUUGACUGAGAAUAAUCAUUCAAAAAUUGGACAGUGGACGUGUCGUCCAGGCAGCCCGCUCGAAAGAGGACUGACUCCGGGGGCAGCAGCGGAUUUAGGUCUGGAGGUGGGAACAGCUGUGGGAGGGUCUCUGAUUGACGCCCAUGCAGGAGGAUUGGGCGUUAUCGGAGCGGAUGUGAGCGGCCAUCACUUGCCGUGUGGGAGUCAGCCAAUCACGUCGCGCCUUGCUCUGAUCUGUGGAACCUCUUCUUGUCACAUGGCUGUGAGCCAGACACCUCUGUUUGUUCCAGGUGUGUGGGGUCCGUACCUGUCCGCCAUGGUUCCAGACCUGUGGCUUAACGAAGGCGGUCAGAGCGCUACAGGAAAACUGAUCGAUCACGUGGUGACAGGACACGCCGCUUUCUCUCAGUUAAAGGAGCGAGCAGAGAAAAGUGGCGUGAACAUUUACUCGUUCCUGAACGGAUAUCUCGACGAAAUGGCCAAAGACCUGAAGAACCCUGACGAACUGACCGCCGGCCUGCACGUGUGGCCCGAUUUCCAUGGCAACCGAUCGCCUCUCGCUGACCAGAGCUUGAAAGGCAUGGUUGUUGGUCUGUCUUUGUCUCAGACACUGGGAGACUUGGCUCGUCUCUACCUUGCUACUGUACAAGCUACUGCUCUCGGCACCAGACACAUACUGGAAGCAUUAAGGGAAGCAGGACAUGACAUCACCACCUUGUUCCUGUGUGGAGGACUCAGUAAGAACCCUCUGUUCGUGCAGAUGCAUGCCAAUGUGACGGGUUUACCGAUCGUCCUGCCUGCACAGAGAGAGGCCGUGUUGGUCGGAGCUGCUGUUCUGGGUGCCUGCGCCUCACAGGACUACACCACCAUUCAGGAAGCCAUGGAGAAAAUGGGCAAAGUAGGACAAGUGGUUCGACCUAACCUCGAGCUCGAGAGUUUUUACAGUAAGAAGUACGCCGUCUUCCUGCGUCUCUUUGCCCAUCAGAGAGAGUAUGCGGCGCUGAUGAGUGACUGUCCUUCUCAUGCUGACUCUGCUGUAAGGAAGUGAAAGUCUGUCUGAAAGCACAACUAUGGUUUCCUCUGUGGGCAUUGGCUCUGUGGCCUUGCUGCUUCUCACAAUGUUUUAAAAAAAAAAAAACCCACCAAACCCUGACAACGGACGAAUCAAGACCUCUGAUAAUAGAUGUAAGAUUAAAUAAUUGGGUGAAAUCAUUCCUGCUACCUCACCGCCGUCAGCCUGGUGAAUGCUGGCGGACGCAAAGACGUGUCUGUGUGCGUGUGUGUUUGUGUUUGUGUCAAGCUCACAUGAAUCCGCCAACAGAUGAGCGAAGGAUUUUCUUCAAACACUACAUCCUGCACAUCUUCACUCGCAUCCCAACGCAGCGCUGAUCUGCACUCACAUCCCCUCAGGAGCUGAUUUUCAUCUUCUCUACAUUCUGAAGAUCACAAGUUCUGGUUCAUGCAGAGUCAUGCACUAGUUCAGAUUUAAGUAAUCAUUCAGAUCUCUACUAAUCUCACUGAAUUGAAAUGAGAGAAUCAACAAUUUCAAAUGAUUAACAUUUCUAAAAAAAAAGAAAAACGUCUAUCUCCAUCUUUCUGUCCACACCAGCUCAUUAAGGGUACAGGGUUAAAGGCCACUUGUUCAGGCGUGUUACAGGAAGUAACAGCUUUACUUUUUUAUUUGUUUGUGUGUGUGUGUAUGUGUGUGUGUGUGUGUGUGUGUGUGUGUGUGUGUGUGUGUGUGUGUGUGUGUGUGUGUGUGUGUGUGUGUGUGUGUGUGUGUGUGUGUGUGUGUGUGUGUGUUGUUUCCUGUGCUGGUGGUUUUUCUUACAGAAAACCGAUCCAUGUUACAGGGUAGAGGUGCAGGGUCACACCAGAGGUGCCAACAGCCAUGAAAGGGUUUUCACACAAGACAUAAACUGAUGCUUUAAAAUAAAAUAAAUAAAUACAUAAAUGAUUUAUUUUUGUUUAAUCUUUUUAUGUUAUUAUUAUUAUUAUUAUUAUUAUUAUUAUUAUUAUUAUUAUUAUUAUUAUUAUUAUAUUGCAUAUGGAGCCAAUAAUAAGUUAAGGUCAGUAUUACAAUAAUAUGUGUCAAGUUGUGUUAUAUGUAUAUAUAAUAUAUAAUAAGAUGUGUUAUUUUUCUCAGUAAAUUUAUUUCUAAAGGUGCUAUUGACCUGAAACUUCCACCAGAUGUUGGUAACAACCCUCUCAAACCACACGUCAAAAAUCGAACCAUAGAUGUGCGUAAAUUAUGUUUAAUAAUGUAAUUAGUAAUUAGACAAUUAAUUAAACUAUCAGUAAUUAGAAAGCAACCCUGCCCCUUGUCUGUGUGUGUGUGUGUGUGUGUGUGUGUGUGUGUGUGUGUGUGUGUGUGUGUGUGUGUGUGUGUGUGUGUGUGUGUGUGUGUAUAUAUUGUGGGAUUAUUUUACGGAG